AUGAGAGCAGCACCGAAGGAUAUAAUCCCAGAAAGUGAGGAGGACCGAUUACGAACAAAAUGCAAGGAAUUAAAGAAGCGAAUUUCCCAAGUUGAAGAGACUAACGAGGUGGCCACAAUUGCAUUAAGCAGAACAAUGGCAUCUAUUCGUCGAUUGAGACUAGAGUAUUCUAUUUUACUAGAACGGUUAGAAGAACGAGCUCAGCACAUUCCAGAUGGAAUAACGAGUUUUGAAGAAAUGGCAGGUCCGCCAACACCUAAUAUUUUAGAUGAUACAUUGGUUAAGAGUUCAAAGAAUGGGUCGAGUAGUAAAAGGACAAGCAAAAGAUUAAUACUCAAGCCGCCAAGUGGUGGAUCCAACACAACAGCGGGAGGAGCAGCGGCUUCGGCAGCGGCUUCAGCAGCUUCAGCAGCUUCGGCAGCUUCGGCAGCAGCAGCAGCAGGAGGAGGAGAAGGAGAAGGAGAAGGAGAAGGAGAAGGAGCAGCAUCAGCAGCAGUGGAAUCCACCGGGAAUAAACAAAUUCCAGAAUCAUCGUUUAAAAACUCUAAAACCAGAGAUCCAGAUUUACCAAAACGUCCUACUAAUUCGUACUUGAUAUUUUGUGAACAAGAAAAGGAAAGACUAAGACAAGAAGAUCUGGGAAACACAAAGGAUUUGUCAAAGACAAUGACUGAAGCGUGGAAAAACUUGGAUGAAGAAGGUAGAAAACCAUACUAUAAACUAUAUGAAGAUGAUAGAAUUAGGUACCAAAAGGAAAUGGCUGAGUAUUAUCGGAAGAUAUAUAAACACGAAAAAGCUGAUGCGGAAGACGAAGAUAAAUCGGAACAGGAGACAAAACGACAGAAACUAAAAGAGGCCGCCGUUGUCGAUUCUGCAGCUGAUGAUGCAGAUGUAGCUGAUGCUACUCCAGCCGUUGAUGCUGCUGCAACCGCUGAUGCCACUCAUGCGGCUGACAAGCAUGACCAUUCAAUACAAGAGGAGAAAUCACCAGUCAUAGUAAAAGCAGAGGAAAAUGUGGAAGCAAAAGCAGAGGAAAAUGUAGAAGCAAAAGCUGAAGAAAAUGUAGAAGCAAAAGCUGAAGAAAAUGUAGAAGCAAAAGCUGAAGAAAAUGUAGAAGCAAAAGCUGAAGAAAAUGUGGAAGCAAAAGCUGAAGAAAAUGUGGAAGCAAAAGCAGAAGAAAAUGUAGAAGUGAAAACAGAAGAAAAUACCCAAGUUUAA